UUUAUUGACAUAACAUGUUUGCUUGGUAAUUUACAAUGCAAAGUUGCGUCAUCUAUGUUAGAGAAAUUUAAGACCAGGUUGUCAUUGAAAAGAAAAACAAUGGAAUGCUCUGAGUAAUAAACUCUCAGUUCUGGUCACCAGGUGAUAUUUUAUAAUUGCAUUCACCUGACUGGUGAGUGUUUUAGCUGGUUUACUAAGCAAAGGUGUGGCGUUGGCUGCUCAUUACAUACACAGAGAGUGGACAGAGAGUACGCUAACACUCAAACACAAGGAGAACCCAGCAGAUCUUAGUUUGAGCUUGAAGUUCAAGUGUUUUUUGGAUAGAAUUUUACAGUUCAAACAAAUCCAAAGGCAAACGAUGCAGAAGACAGAUACGACUUACGACAACGUUUCUCACGUGAACCAUGGAUUUCAACAUGAAGAGCAGCGGCCCCCUCCAUAUGCACCUUCUUCUGGAAUAAACCCGCCUUUACCUCAGUACCCCGGUUCCCAGAAUUCCGCUCCACCAUACUUUUCAGAGAGAUACUCGCCUGCUCAGGGCCUGCAUCAGUAUACGCCUCACACAGCACCUGUAAACACACACCACACGGUCACACCUGGACUCUACCUUGACGUUAAUCCGGUUCACAAAGCUUCCAGGAGAAAAAAAUGGCCAUUUAUCCUUUGCAUAGUCAUCACCCUACUGGUUGUUGCUGGGGUCAUAGCUGCGGUGCUUUGGUUUUAUGGUGGGUUUGAUUGUUUGCAAGGGCGUCGCUGUAAAACAGAUAACAAAUGUGUCAGCUUCUCGCAGCGGUGUGACGGCGUGCAGGACUGUCCAUCGGGAGACGAUGAAACUCAUUGCUUUCGUCUGUAUGGACCUAAUUCCCUUCUUCAGAUGUACUCACAUGUGACCCAAAAAUGGGAGAAUGUGUGUUUAGAUGGAUGGAAUGACAACCUUGGAAUGCAAGCAUGUGAGGAGAUGGGAUACGAGAGGAACACUUAUGUGGGUUAUGAGGAGAUUUACUCUAGAGCAUCGUCUGAUUACAUGCUGGUGAAGACGGAUUCUCCCAGCUCUUUCAAUCUGACAAGUUUUCUCAGUAAAAGUUCAGACUGUCCAUCUAACAAAGCAGUGGCACUCAAAUGUAUAGAUUGUGGACGGAACAACGGGAGACGAAUCGUGGGAGGAACCACUGUGACCUCAAAGGGGGUGUGGCCGUGGCAGGUCAGCCUGCAAAUUUCCGGAAACCAUUUGUGUGGCGGGUCUGUCAUUACACCUUACUGGAUCAUCACUGCAGCUCACUGUGUUUAUGAGUUUUCCAAUGCAAGGGAUUGGACUGUGUAUGCUGGAUAUCUGACUCGUGCUGAGAUGCGGUCGGCCACUGGCAAUUCUGUAAGCCGAAUUGUCAUGCACAACUUUAACCCGAGGACCAACGAAAAUGACAUUGCCCUGAUGAAGCUAAACCGUCCACUCACAAUUACAUCGGAUGUCAGGCCAGUGUGUCUGCCCCAUAAAGGCAUGUACUUUGCUGCUCCGCGGGAAUGUUACGUCACUGGAUGGGGGGCACUGUUUAGUGGAGGCCCUUCCUCACAAACCCUACAAGAAGCCAAAAUCCAGCUAAUCGACAGAACGACUUGCAACAGCCGACCAGUGUAUAACGGACAAAUCACAGACACCAUGAUCUGUGCUGGCAAGCUGGAGGGCGGCGUGGACUCCUGUCAGGGGGACAGUGGGGGUCCUCUGGUCAUAAAGGAGAAUUCUCUAUGGUGGCUGGUUGGGGACACUAGCUGGGGUGAUGGAUGUGCUUUCAGAAACAAGCCUGGAGUCUACGGAAAUGUGACCUACUUCCUUGACUGGAUACAUGAACAUAUGCGGAGAUAUUAGCUUUUUUAAUAUAAAGCUAUUUGAGAAGAGCAACUGAUCCAAAUCGCUGACUCUCAGGAACUGUGACAGGGUCCAGGAGACUUUUAAUGUGAGAUUAGUUUUUUUUUUGUAUUCUUGAAUUUUACUUUUUGUUUUCAUAUAAAUGUUUUCACAUAAAUCUAAAAGAACCAGUUAUUUAUUUUCACCGGUGUCAAUAAUGAAGUGAAUUGCACAUUGUGCUACAACAUGCACUUUUCUUUUUUGUAUAAAGAACACAAUUGUACAAAUGAUUUUAUAAAAAUCCCUACCUGACGAUGACGUCUUACAUCUCUGACAUAUUUCUGUUCUCUGGUUUCUUUGCCACCACAACAGUUCACAUUUGCAUUAUUACAGUAUUUGGUCAAAUAACAGGGUGUGACAGGCAAUACAAUAGUGACACGAUGCAAACAAAUGUCUUUAUUUUAUAACUAUUGAUAGCUGAAAUAGUUUUUACAACAUCAAGAUUUUAUUUAAAAAUGUAAAUGAAUGCCUUGGCU